GAAAUAAAAACAAGGUUUCGGAUCAACUUUCAUGAAUAUGAUGACUAAUACAGCCUUUAAAUUAGAUAAUCUACUAAGUGAAGAUAUUAAGCAGAAUGAACUCAUGUAUAUUUUUGGUUAGGAAAUACAGAAUGUCGAUUCCUUCCUUCAGUUAAAAGAGACUUUCAUUUGGUUUAGUUACAGAGCCAACAUUCAGUAUGAAGGAAGGGCCAUAUCUGAUCAAGGGUGGGGGUGUUUAAUAAGAGUUGGUUAAAUGAUAGUGGCUAAUUCAUUGAUUAGAGAAAGCACUAAUUCAAAACCUAAUGAUCUCAAAACUAAAAUAAUCUGCUUGUUUGAUGAUAAUCAAUGUUUUUCCACUCUAGCUCCCUUUUCCAUCCAAUAAAUAAUCAAAAGGGCUGAUCUAGUCUAUAAUAUAAAAAUUGGAGAUUGGUAUACUGGUCCCAAGAUCAUGUGUUUAUUGGAAGAUCUCCUUCAAAGUGCUAAGACCAUUAAACAAUUAAAGAUCAUCAACUUUUUGGAACAGUGUGUAAUCGAAAAGCAAAUAGAUUUAUAAUUUAAACAACCUCAACUAUUAAUCAUCCAUGCUAUAAUAGGAAAUAAGGAAUUAGAUCAGUACUUUGUCGCUGAACUUUAAAAGCAUAUGCAGAUUCCUUAAUUUGCAGGGGCAAUAGUUGGCAAAAGCAAAAAAGCCUAUUUCCUCAUAGGAUACUAGAAUAAUUAAGGAAUCGUCAUGGAUCCCCAUUAUGUCUAAGAAAGCAACUUAUUAUAAUUAAAUUCUUAAUUGAAAUGUAUUCCAUUAAAGGAAUUUUCGGGUACAAUUGCACUAUGCUACUAUAUUUCAAAUAGUUAUGAUUAUCAAUAAUUAAAGACAAACUUGAAAGAUCUCAAAGGGUCUAUCUUCAGUAUAAUAGAUGAAACUUGCACAUGUUUUUUUUGA